AUGACUUCUGAAAGAUCUAAACAUAGAAAAAUAGCUGAAGUGGUAUCAAAACUUUUUCAAGAAUCUUCAACUUUAAAUAUACAGAAUCAGGAUGUUUAUCCAUAUAGUAGCAAUAUGUUUUUUGAUUCUUCAUAUUUACAUGGAAUAAGAGAACAAGUUGACAGUAAUUUGGAACCUAACGAAUUUUUAACUAAUUCUAAUUAUUCUGAUAAUAGUUUAGCUGUUAUGGAGACUGAAAUUAGCGAAAUAGAAAAUAACAAAAACACUAUUGAAUUACUUACAGAUGAUAGUAAUGAAUGGUCUCCUGAGUCAUUUAUUUCUGAUGAUUAUAAGAGUGAUGAAAGUAAUGACAGCGAAAAAUUGCCUCAUAAACUUGCUAAUUGGGCAUUAAGCUUCAAUAUAACACAUGCUGCUUUGAACAGUUUGUUACCUUUAUUAAGAGAAUAUGGGUUAAGUUUGCCUAAAGAUUCAAGAACACUUCUUCACACCCCCCAAAAUAUAGAUACAAAAAUUGUCGCGGGCGGAGAGUAUUACUAUUUCAGCAUGCAGUAUUGGCUUUUAAUAAUGUUUAAAAACAAUUCAAUAGAAUCAAACAACAACCAACUUACCAUUCACAUUAACAUUGAUGGUAUACCUAUAUUCACCAGUUCCAGUACUUCUCUUUGGCCAAUUUUAGGUACUCUUAUUGAAGCUGGAGCAAUAGUAUUUCCAAUAGCAAUUUAUUGACAAAAAACCAAAUUCUAUUCAUGAAUAUCUAGAAGAUUUUUUGGUUGAGAUUAAAGCUCUUACUGAAAAUGGUUUUACCCAUGAAAAUGUAAAGUAUGAUGUAAAGCUUGCUGCAAUUAUAUGUGAUGCACCAGCAAGAGCAUUUGUGAAAUGUAUAAAGGGUCACAAUGGUUAUAAUUGUUGUGAGCGUUGUGUUCAAAAAGGAGAGUGGUGUGGCAAAAUAAUCCUUCCGCAUACAUCAGCAACUUUAAGGACUGAUUCAGAUUUUCGUUAUCAAAAUAGUUUGGAACAUCAUAUUGGUGUGUCUCCUUUAAUUGAGUUGGGUUUUGACAUGGUAUCAAAAUUUCCUUUAGAUUACAUGCACCUAGUAUGCGAAGAAUCAUCAACUUAUGGUUAAAUGGUCCCAGAUCAUGUUCACAUUGGCUGUUGGCAAUAUUUGUCUAGUGGUGUGAGUUGACUACAGAACGUCUCCAAUUUUAGUUAAUGACUCCAAUUAAAUAAACUCCUUUAAUGGCAGGUCUUAUUGAAAAAGAUAUUGUAUGAAGAAAAAAGUGCUUAAAGAAGUGGUUUUCACAAAGAUUUUAAUUCAUGAUUACGAUACGAUUCACGAUUAAAGAAUAAAAAUGUAAUUUUAAUGUGCUUUUUGUUUGAAAUAAAUAAGCAUAUAAUAUGAA